AUGUCCCCUGCAGGCGAGACUGGCACUUUGUCUACUCCUCCACGCGCCAAUGCAUCAGCUUCAGGUGCUAGCAAAAUAGAAUCCACCCCAAACAGCCGUGGGGCUUCCGUCGUCAGCGAGAACAUCGGCAUGCUCGGUGUCAAGGUCGAGAAGGUCCGCCCAUGGAUUCAACGGGAUAUCGAGCAGGUCAAGGAGUGCAAGGCAGAUGCCAUGCUGCAAGCCCUCCUGCAGCGCGCUUCUUCCGCUCCCGAGACCGAACAGCCCGAGCUUCUGCAAAAGUGCUUCAAGGCAGUUCUGCCGGUUUGCAAUGGACAGGCCUCCACUGCAUUGGUAAAGUCUUCUGACAUCGAGACAGCCCUCAGCGAAUAUGUAUGUCCAGGAGUAGAAAACAGCUUCUACGGCCCUUUCGUAAGAGCCACUAACAUUGCUCUCGCUUGUCUUGAAGAGAUCAAGAUCGACGGGAUGCGUGCUCCUGUCCCCGCCGUGGACAUGAUCUGCCAGCAGAACGACAUGCCCAUGCGCCAAAACCACCAGACCGCGACAUCAAUUCGGAAGCCUGACCUCGUGAUUCUUCCUUUGAAUAGCGCAUGCGCUUCAUUCCAGGAUGAGAAGGGCAGCAAGAAGGAAAAACAGAAAGGUAAACAAAAGGACGACAAAAAGGAUGUUGAAAAGGACGAAAAGAACCAAGAAACGAGCGACAGGAACGACAGCGAGCAGCGCAAGAAGAAGCGCAAGGCUCAUAUGGAUACGAAUGCAACGGCAAAGCCGCGAAAUCUCCCGUGGAAAGAUGUUCUAGCUUGCAUCGAGUUCAAGAGAAAGACGAAAGGGAUUAAGGCGCCCCCCUCUUCGUAUACAUUGACAGACUAUGCCCCUACCAAGCCAGAAUAUCUGCCAGUCGAUCAUCUUAGGACUGCAGACUCAGCUCCAGCCCCUCCUCAGACCCCAGCAACACAAACUGCGUCCGACAGUGCAUUUCGAUCUUCCGGCCUUACUGCUGACCAGCCUUCCCAGGGCGGGUCCAGUUCCAAGCGCAAGGCCGCAGACACUUUGGAAUCAACCGCGAAAAAACCUAAGAUGGACCCCAACGACAGAGACGCUGACGCGGACGCAGAUCUAGAUGUCACCGUUCAGACGGGUCUGUACGCCGCCGAAAUGUUUGCAGCGAAUCUUGCAGUCAACUAUCUGCUCAAUAUUAUUGUCAUCGACGAUGUCGCGUGGAUCUGGUAUUAUGAUCGACAAGGGAUCAUUCAAUGCUCAGGCAUCAACUUCAUUCAAGAUCUCCCGCGAUUCAUGGUGUUGUUGUAUGCUUUACAACGCUUCGAGCUUCACGAUUGGGGCCGAAACAAGGACCUCCUCCAGGUCGAAGUCGAGGAGAAACUAUGCCACGAGUUCAAAAUCAAGGAUCAAAAACUUGGAGAGGUGGAUUUGCUGCUUCACACCAGUCACGACGAAAGAUGGACGCACUACGGACUGCAAGGGCGGGCGACCAAUGUGGUCCCUGUCACCAGCGAAGCGCUUACGAAGAAAUACGGCAAAUUCGAGGAUGGGAUGGUGGCCAAGAUCUUUUGGGGAGAGGCGAGUCGCACUAGCGAGCCGGAGAUCCUGAAAAAGGUCGCGGAGAUUGCUAAGAUGCACACAACCGUUCAAGACCACGUUCCUGCGCUGCUUUGGCACCACACGUUCACGAAUCCCACGUCCGCAAUUCGAGAAGCGCUUGACGUUCCGGAACCCACUAAGGGCAGUCGCGUGCUCUACAUUCUUGUGUUCCGCAAGCUCUUCCCCAUCACUCGGCUUCAGGGCAAAGAGCUUUUUGACGUAUGGGGUCAAUGCAUUUUAUGCCACCUUACUCUUUGGAAGAAAGGGGUCUAUCAUCGAGAUGUCAGCCCUGGAAAUUUAAUGUGGUACUGGAAAGACGGCAAGCGGAUAGGCGUUCUAAACGACUACGAUCUAUCCUCAUUGGCGGAUGACCCAGGUCCUCGGGGCAACGAACGCACGGGCACAGUGCCGUUCAUGGCCCUCGAUCUUCUCACCAAAGAGGGUCAACGAGGUGAAGUCAAACACGUAUAUCGUCAUGAUGUGGAGUCGUUCAUGUGGUGCUUCGCCUGGAUUUCCUUGCGUUACAAAAAUGGAGUCAUUCUACCACCGAGAUUGCGCCCAUUGGACGAGUGGGCAACUUUAGGCGCCGUGACAUGCGGCAGGGAAAAAUUGUUCUUUCUCAAUAAUAUGACAGCUUCCGCACCCUCUCAAUCGGACAUCGACGGAGUCACAUGGGAUUUCCUGGUGGACUGUUUUUUGGUGCUUAAAAGAGAUGCCGACGAGCGAUACUAUCUUCGCCUCAAACGGUCGUCGAGCUCAGGAGAAGGCCAGCAGUCCAACACCCAUGACCCAGAUCCCGAUGCUUUUCUAUCUAGAUUUACAAGUUUAGAGGGUUGGACUAAGCUCGGCAAGCUUGAGUGA